AUGCCGGAACCUCCUUCAAUCAGUCAUGAAUCGUCAGUUCAACCACUACUCGCCUUCAUCUCUCAAUCAAGUAGAACAGGAAGGGUGGACCGUGAGACACAGAGGCGAGUCCAUAGUCAUGCACAGGCCAAUUACCGACGACGUACCUCGAGACGGAAGCACCAGAACACGGUAGAAUUGAACGUGGCACCCCCCUUAAGGCGAGAUUCGACGCAUGCUGAGCUCACUCAGCAUCGGCAACAUCCUAGCCCCGCCACGAUCCUUGACGCGAGUCGAACGGACCCCUUUGAGACCUUCGCCCUACAAGGAGGGCGACGCGCCCACCAGCUCUGGGAUCACGUCUACGAUGGCACAUGCCAAAAGUUUCGGGCUCUCAUUGCGAUUGGUUUCAUCGACCUCGUCCGUGAGAGCACCGCCCUGUCUCAAAUGCUGUCGGCCUCGGCGUGGCAUUUGGUUCACUUUCUAAGAUGUGAAGACGACACGGGCGACGACGCAAAGUAUUCGUUGAUCUCGAACCAAGCUCUACAGCGAAAGUUGAACGAUAUAGUCACCGGUACGAGCGAUGAUGUCGUGACAGCUGUUCUUGCGGCUGCAGCAUAUGCGAAUCUCAUCAAAGAUGCCGUACUCUUCCAGACUCACAUGGAUGGACUCUCCCAUAUCCUGCAACACAGAGGUGGUGAGCAGACCUUGGAUGCAUGUCCGGCUCUGAGGCUGGGAUUAUUCUGGAUUGAAACCAACGGACGGUUCAAACAAGACUCGAUACCAAUCUACCCUCUCCCAUACCAUCUUCUCGUCGGCAGAACCAAGCUCAACCCGAUCUUCACCGACUUGUCGCGACUCUCGACCAACGACAAGGUCAUUGGUGACAUGCAGCAGCAGCAUAGUUGCAACGCGAAUGCGAUAACAAAAGCCAUCUUUGACCGGUUACGACAACUCACCGAGACGGUCGACAAGGAGUCCCCUUCUGUCCAGGAGACGACGACGACGACCUCCUUCUGGCUCGACUCCUUUUCUUGGGUUUACACCAUCCAACCUUUGUUGUAUGAACUCCUGUCGUUGCCUCGCGCAACAAGACACGACUCUCCCCUUCUCCGACGAGGUGAGUGUUUGCGAUUGGGGGCCAUUCUGUACGUCUGCAAUAUCCGCUACAAGCUCGACCCGGAACCUGGCACCGCAAUGCUCCACGGCACCAAGCUUUACAGUCUUCUUGGGUCAUCACCGAACCUGCUCUCGUCGUGGUCCGACAGUGACGACGCCGAAGACGUUGCGACAUUGAUCUGGAUCCUCACGGCCGCAGCAUGUUCCGUCACGCUAUUCGACGACCUCCGCCGUGAAUUUGCGGUGUUACUUUCGACGACUCUCCGGUCCACGAGGAUCGUCACGACAUUUCGAGAGUUUUACACUCUGAUACACCGAUUCCCUUGGUCACGGGCAGUUCUCGGAUCGGAAUUGCGUAAUCUACACGACGAGCUUGACCUCAUCGACUGACUUGGAAGAUGGAUCCGAGCUUGAACCUGUUUGAAUCACCUUCCCAGAGGGUGAUUGAACAUGGACG